CUCGUUCCCGUAAAUAUGAAAUGUGUCGUUACCUAGCCUUUGCAAGUGGAGAAUUUGCGGUGUAGCCGAAUGAGCGUCGCGACCUACUCGCUCUGUCUGAUGCGGCGGUUGAGUGUCACAGAAGUCCGGGGAUUCACGUUGUUCCAUCGGGCCUACUUCCAUAAUUCUCUCUGUAUUGAUUAAAUACUUUCCUCUGAAUAGUUAGACAAAUAUUAUCGCCAAACGCUCAGAAUUCUGCUGGAGAAACUGUGAGCGAGACAAAUUUGUGUGGAUUACCCCCAUAUUGUUCUCAUCGAAAGCAGGAAGGUGCCGUGGAGGGCAUAGUGACUUGUCAUGAACGAGCCCGUAGAGAGCGGUGUAGUCUCGUUUGACGAGUACGUGCGUCAGAAGGCCCGCAGUGUGCCCCAGCACCGUAUGAAGGAGUUCCUGGAGUCUCUGGCCAACAAGGGCCCCGAGGCACUGCAGGAGUUCAGCCAGCAGGACGGUGACACCACCACCAUGGUGUACCAGCAGGGGGGCAACUGUGUCUACACAGACAGCACUGAGGUGGCUGGCUCGCUGCUGGAGCUGGCCUGUCCGGUGCAGGUGAACUCUGCACAGAUCUCACCCCAGAUGGCUGCUGGUGUGCACCAGGGGUCUGAGCAGCAGAUACAAGUACAGGUGCAGAUCCAGGGACAGCAGGGUCAGACGGUGGACCUCCAGGGUAUCCCCACAGCAGCACAGCUGGUCCAGCAAGGAGAGCUCACAGAGGAGCAGCACCAGCAGAUCCAGGCCCAGUUGGUGGCAGCAGUGUCAGGAGGUCAACAGAUUAGACUACAAAGCGGUCAACAAAUCCAGCAUAUUCAACUACAAGGGGGUCAGCAAAUUCAGCUCCAAGGAGGCCAACACAUCCAGCUUCAAGGGGACUUACAGGGUGGCCAACAGAUCCAACUUCAAGGGGGUCAACAGAUCCAACUUCAAGGGGGUCAGCAGAUCCAACUUCAAGGGGGUCAGCAGAUCCAACUUCAAGGGGGUCAGCAGAUCCAACUUCAAGGGGGUCAGCAGAUCCAACUUCAAGGGGGUCAGCAGAUCCAACUUCAAGGGGGUCAGCAGAUCCAACUUCAAGGGGGUCAACACAUCCAACUUCAAGGGGGUCAACACAUCCAACUUCAAGGGGGGCAACAAAUCCAGUUACAAGGCGGGCAACAAAUCCAGCACAUUCAGCUACCAGGUGGUCAACAUAUUCAACUACAGGGUGGGCAGCAGAUCCAGUUCCAGACAGUAGAGGCCAUGGCUCCCCAGCAACAGCAGGGCUCUCCCCGGGAGGCAGAGAGGAGGGCGGGUACCAGCGUCCUCCAACCUGCCAAGAAGCGCAAGGUGGACGUCCCCAUCCAGGUGUCGUACUCCCUCCCUCAGGGCCAGCAGGGCCAGCAGGUGGUCCUGGCCCUCCCCCAGGGGCAGGGGCAGCAACAGCAGUUCUUGUCCCUCCGGCCUGACCUGCUUACUGUGGACAGCACCCACCUGUACAGCACCACAGGUACCAUCACAGGCCCUGCCGGGGAGACCUGGACCAUCCCUGUGUACUCCGGGGGGCAGCAGGGGGGCGUGCAUCACAUCGCCAUCCCUCAGGAGGCUUACAACACAAUGCAGGUGUCCUCUGGUCACCACGACAACAAGGACAAUAGGGUGGCCCACUCCUCGUCGUCGGGGACUGGGUCCGUCCAGUCGGGCACCACGGUGUCAGUCUCCGAGACGACGACAAACGACGAAGUGGUGCAGACGCUUUUCCCGGCGCAGUUCAUGAACGGGAACAUCCACGGCCCUGUGGUGGUGCAGACGGUGGGAGGGGCUUACAACGCCACGCAGCAGCUCCACAUCUGGGACCCCCAGCAGCAGCAGGAACACCAAGAGCAACAGCUCCACCUACAGGGUCAUGUGGAGUCAGAGUCACAGGUGGAGGCCCCCCAGGAGCUGCUGCUGCCUGUCUCCCUGAAGCCUGAGGAGGGCAUGGACGUGUGGCGCCUCUGGGUCCAGCGCAAGAACACAGAGCUGGACAAGGACGAGCAGAACAAGCUGGCGCCCAUCGGACGUCGUCAGGCACUGCGCUUCCAGGAGGACCUGGUGUCGAGUGCGGUGGCUGAGCUCAACGUGGCUCUGGCCCUUAUGACCCAAGAGGCCCGGGGGUUGGAAGGAGAACAGUUUGAGCCUGAUGCCCUCUACUACAUCUUCCUGUGUAUACAGAAGUACCUCUUUGAAAACGGACGGGUGGAUGAUAUCUUCUCUGACCAGUACUACACACGCUUCUCCCAGUGGUUACACAAAGCCCUGGACGAGUGGAGGCCUGUCAUCCAUCCACUAGGGUACAUCAUUCCCAGUCACGUGACAGAGGAGAUGCUGUGGGAGUGUAAACAGCUGGGUGCCCACUCACCAGCCACGCUGCUCACAACACUCAUGUUCUUCAACACUAAGUAUUUCCGUCUAACAACGGUAGAGCAGCACAUGAAGGUGGCCUUCUCCAAGGUGCUGAGGCACACGAAGAAGAACCCGUCUAACCCAAAGGAUAAGAGCACCAGUAUCCGCUAUCUGAAGGGCCAUGGGCCCUUAGGAACACACCAUGCAGGGCAGAAAGUGACCGAUGACAUGUAUGAGGAGCAGGCUGAGGAUCCUGAGAACCCUCUGCGAUGCCCAAUUAAGCUGUAUGAUUUUUACCUCUUCAAAUGUCCCCAGAGUGCUAAGGGGCGUAACGACGCGUACUACCUGACGCCAGAGCCCGUCGUGGCGCCCAACAGUCCCAUAUGGUACUCCACUCAGCCAAUCACAAGUGAGCAGGUGGAGCACAUGCUCACGCGCAUCAUCAUGGUGCGGGAGAUCCAGGAGGCCAUCGCCAUGUCGUCGGCCAGCAUGCACUGAGCAGGGGAGGGGAGGAGGAACUGAAAUGGACACACUAACCCCCGAAAUCAGCCUUCCUCUCUCUCAAGUGUUCCUCUUUGUGGUACCUCCUUCACUCAGUAACUAACUCUAAGGACCUCCAGUGGCCUCAGUCUCAACCCAUCACACCUGCCAACCAUAGGAGUGGGGGAGCGAUCGAUAGUGUUUACAGAGUGGACUUAUGGGCCUUUUUUUAAGGAAUAGACUCCUGCGUUUAUUCAUCUAAUGGCAGUUAUGUCACCCUCAAUGCUGUUAUCUUUUUGGGGAUGGUCACACGUGUACGUAAGCCACCACUUCACCUAACCCCCCACCUCACUUCACCAUAGAAUUGUUUCCUGGACUGACGAGACGAGUGAGAUGGAUUUUGACAAAGUCACUAAAUCAGAGCUCAUCAUGUACUCCUGUAGGCUGUUGCAGCCCCCAAUAAAGAUGAAAUGGUCAGAAAUGGAUGGUGAAAUAUCGGAUAUAUAUUCAGUCAUAUAAAUAUAUUAUACACAUAGUGACUUAAGAAAGUAUUCGUACCCCUUGACUUAGUCCACAUUUUGUUACAGCCUGAAUUAAAACGUCUAUUUUUAAUUUUUAAUCUCACCCUUCUACACACAAUACCCCAUAAUGACAAAGUGGAAACAUGUUUUUAGAAAAUUUUUCACAUUUAUUGAAAAUGAAAUACAGAAAUCUCUCAUUUACAUAAGUAUUCACACCCGAGUCAAUACUUUUUCUAGGCACCUUUGGCUGUGAUUACAGCCGAGGGUCUUUCUGGGUAAAAGGCGCUGCGUGGUCAAGCCAUACAGCAUUUACUGCGAUGCGGCCUCCGCAGAAGUCAGAGCAAACAUACUUUUUGCGCUUUGCUGAGCUGUUGUCAAGGAAGUGAGUUUGUGUUUAUACAGGACCUGUCGCCCCAUCUACCUUCAAAUCAGUAAUGUCAAUUCGGAGACCUCCGCAUUGUUAAAACAUUUUGAGAGGCGCAUAGCGAUGCGGUACGGAGCUUGAUUUUGCCUCUGCACUCUUCAGGAGACUCCGCCUUAGAAUCACACCCUCCAUACAAACCCUCUGACCACAUUUUCGGAUCAAGCGUAAUUUGGCUUUAAGUCUUUAAGAGAUUUCCACACCUGGAUUGUGCAACAUUCGUCCAUUGUACUUUUCAAAAUCAUUCCAGCUCUAUCAAAUUGCUGGACAGCCAUUUUCAGGUCUUGCCGUAGAUUUAAGUCCAAACUGUAACUCGGACAUUCGGGAACAUUCACUGUCUUCUUGGUAAGCCAUAACAAAUGGGUUGAAUUCUUAUUGAAUCAUGAUAUUUCUGCUUUUUAAAUUUGUAAAAGUUUAUAAAAACAUAAUUACACUUUGAUAUUGUGUGUGUGUAGGCCAGUGACACAUCUCAAUGUAAUAAUUUUAAAUUCCGAUUGUUACAAUGUGGAAGAAGUCAAGGGGUGUGAAUACUUUCUGAAGGCACUGUACACUCCCCUAAGUAUUUAGUUGGAUAAUGAUGCUAAAAACCAAAAAUGAUUCAUUUGGCUCUAUUCCAGCAUUUUGGAUUUGAGAUGAAAUGUUUAAUUUGAGUGUAUUUUCAUACAUGUUUUACUGUUUAGAAAUGAAAGCACUAUGUAUCUAGUCCCCCCAUUUUGAAGGUGUCAUACGUAUUUUGACAAAUUCACUUGUAGUAUUAAAGUAAUCAAAAUUGUAGUAUUUGGUCGCAUUCCUAGCAUGCAAUGACUACAAGUGACGACAAACUUCUUGGAUGCUUUUGCGGUUUGUUUUGGUUGUGUUUUCAGAUUGUUGUGCCCAAUAGAAAUGAAUGGUAAAUGUAUUGUGAUAUUUUGGAGUCACUUUUAUUGUAAAUAGGCUUAUAAGUUUCCGAACACUUCUACAUGAAUGUGGCUGCUACCAUAAUUAUGGAUAAUCAUGAAUGAAUUGUGGAUAAUGAGUGAGAAGGUUUAGGCACAAAGAUCAUACCCCCAAGCAUUUGAACCUCUCAACAUGACCAAUAAGAGGUUAGCAUUUUUGUUGUUGUUGAGGAGCAUCGUUCACUCAUUAUUCAGGAUUAAUUAAUGAUUGUCCAUAAUCAUGGUAGCAUCCACAAUAAUGUAGUGUUAACAAACAUAUUUUAUUCUUACUUACAGUAAAAGGGGACUCCAAAAUGACACAAUACAUUAUUCACCAUUCCUAUUGGGCAAAAUAUAAUCCGAAACACAACCAAACUGCAAAUGCAUCCACAAGUUUGUAAUCACGUAUGAAAAUACCUUCAAAUAAAAGGUGGCAUUCUGUACUGUCGCCUCAUAACAUUUUAUGUCAUCCAAGAUGCUAGAGUAUAGGGCCAAAUGUACAUAUUUUAGCUUCACUGUCCAAAUAAAUACGUAGGGGAGUGUAAAUGGAAAUGUACCACAUUUAACAUGUUAGCCCUCACAGGGACCCUCCUGUGCCUCUUGUCCUCUAAGCUCUCAGGUUCCAGACAGGACAGGAGCCAAGAGCAGAGUGGAUUACACACCAACAGACAUUUAAUGGGAACUCGGCUCACUUUUCUUCUUUUUUUACAUGUAUUUUUAUUGGCAUUUAUGAUCUCCUGUAUGUAUUGAUAUUCUAGUGGUGUUGGAGGCUAAAUAAGAAAGUCUGU